UCCCCCUGGGGCUGGGUCCGCCGGGGGCUUCCCCCGCUGGUGACGUCAGGAGGGUUCCCUCCCCGCGCGGACGCAGCCCGGCCGCCCAGUGCCGCAGCCAUGGCCGAGGCGGCGGGGAGCGGCGGCGGCGGGUCCUGGAAGCGGCACAUCGUCCGGCAGCUGCAGCUCCGGGACCGGGCGCAGAGCGGCCGCUUCCUGGACGUGGUGCAGGCCUAUACCAAACUGUUGGAAAAGUCCAGCUUGCUGGUGCAUUUCACAGAGAAGCUACAGGCUGAGUCCUUUGCUCUCCAGACCCCUAGGUCAGGGCGGGAAACCAAUGGCUCCGCGCUGGAACCGGGCUCGAGCUCCCCAGAAGCACUGCAGACCCUGAAGAUCAAGUGCCAGGGGCAAAUUGCGGAGAUGAAAGGCGUCAGUGGGGAGUUGGCGUAUCGAAUUAUUGAACUGAGCAAAUUACUCAAGGCCAAAGACUGUAAACUGCUGGAGCAGAGAACAAGGCUGGCGUCCCUGAGCGGGCAGAUCUCUGAGCUGAAGGCAGAGCAUCAGCAGCUGAAGGGCCGGGCGGAGGAUCUGGGCAGCGGGAACUGUGCCAGGAAGGCGGAAUACGACGUGCUUCGCGAGCAUUACCGGCUCCGGGACGGGGAGCUGCGGCGAGCGGCCGAGAAGGAGCAGGAGCUGAUUGAGAGCCUGGUGCGGAAGAAAGUGAAGGCGGCCGAGCACCAGAACAAGAAGAACGAGAGGGUGAAGCAAGAUCGGCUGUCCAAGGAGCUGAAAGAGGCGAUAAAGAGAACUGUCAGUAUUGAUGUGGGAUUGGAUGAGCUGAAGCCGGCAGAGGUGAAAAUGCCCGUCCGAGAGCUGGAGGAACUGGAGAGCUGCGAGAAGCUGUGGAAAAGGCCCUUCAGAUCGGCCUCCGCCACGUCCAUGACUCUGGCCCAGUGCGUGGAUGUCUUCAAGGGGCUGCUGGAUUUCAGGCUGAAACGAGGGAACUCCAUCAGCAGUGGAUCCGAGGUGCACUACCACUCCUUGCCCAUCUGCCUCGUCGCCUGCUUGCCGUCCCGAGUCAGCGACGUCCAGGAGGCGCACUUCUCUGAGGUGAACGCAGUCAAGUUCAAUCCCAGCUCCGGCGCGCUGGCCACGGGCGGGGCCGACAGUCUCAUCAGGCUCUGGAGCGUGGCCGGAGGGAAGCUGGAGAACCUGCAGACCUUGGAAGGGGCUAAUGGCAGCAUCACCAGCAUCGAGUUUGACCCGUCGGGCUGCCAGAUCUUGGCCGCGGCGUACAACAAUGCAGCGCAGCUGUGGCAUAUCGGGGACUGCAAAUCCAAAGAGACGCUCACGGGCCAUGCUGACAAAGUGACGGCUGCCAAAUUCCGUUCCACCCGCCACCAAGCGGUGACGGGCAGUCGGGACAGGACAGUCAAAGAAUGGGACCUGUGCAAAGGGGCCUGCUGCAGGACCAUCAACGUCGUCUCCUACUGCAACGACGUGGUGUGCGGUGACAACGUCAUCGUGAGCGGCCACCACGACAAGAAGAUCCGCUUCUGGGACAGCAGGGGGCCCCGAUGCACGGAGGUGAUCCCGGUCGAGGGGAAGGUCACCUCCCUCCACAUCAGCCAGGACCAGAUGCACCUGCUGAGCUGCUCCAGGGACAACACGCUGAAGGUCAUCGACCUGAAGAUGAACAACGUCCGGCAGGUGUUCCGGGCCGACGGCUUCAAGUGCGGCUCGGACUGGACGAAGGCGAUCUUCAGCCCCGAUAAGAGUUACGCGCUGGUGGGCUCCUCGGACGGCUCCCUCUACCUCUGGAACAUGGAGAGCGGGAAGCUGGAAACGAUCCUGUCUGGGGAGCACAGGGCCUCGGUGAAUGCCGUGGCGUGGUGCUUCUCGGGCCAGUGUGUUGUGAGCGUGGACCAGGCGAAGAAGGUGGUGCUCUGGAAAUAGGGCUCAGCGUGAUGCCGGGCUGCAGAGGAGGAAUCCAGAGAGGACACCAGCCCCUCCUUUAUCUGCAGCCCUGCCCGGCCCCUGCUGCUACUGUUCAGCUCCCAAGGACCGAAGCAGCCCAGGGCUGGAGAGUGGAAAAGGACCCGGAUGGGCAGAGGUGGGGUUAGAAGCCGCGUCUGCUGCUCUCCAAAGACCUCUGCCCACUCAACGGCAGCCGGGGCACUUCGCAGGACGCUGACAUUUUGGAAAAGGAAGAUUAGAAAACCAAGGGAAGCAGGAGCGGGAGGCUGCUGGGCCAGCGUCUGCAGGAACGGGCCCGUCGUGCCUGAAGGACAGACAUACCCACCGGCAGGGCCGGCUUUAGGAAAUGCAGGGCCCAAUUCGAACAUUUUCGGCGGGGCCCCAGCAGGGAUGACUUAAAAAAAAAAAAAAAACAUGUAAAAAAAAGUCU